AAAUUUUUUGCAUCAUUCUUUGCCAUCGGUCAAGUCAAACAUAAUGGCUAUUUUAAAAAUAAAUUUUAUUCUACUGAUUGUCGCUACAGUUUUUAUUUCGAAAGCUGCGUGUUUAUAUUCACAGCGAUUUCUUGGUGGACUCAAAGGAUCGGAUCAGCUGUUCAGAAUUAUUUGUGACAAGAAUGAAUCUGAUACAGAGUUUAAUACACUGGUAAAUAACAGUGUAACCGAAGCUAAUAUUUGUAUUGAAGAAAGUAUGAUAGCUGCAACCAUUAACCACAAUUUAAUUAAAAAUCAACGUCCAGAUUUAAAUUUAAUAUCCAAAGUUGCAUGUGACGUUGGACCUUUAGUGUCAAAUUGUCUUUACAAUAUGACAAAAAGGUUUGAUUUUUGUUACGAUCAAAAAAUAAAAAAUUUAAUUGAAAGAUUCUAUGAAUAUGAUAGGCGAUCACGUGAUCUUAUGUGUAAUGAUCAAAGAGGACGUUUAAAAAGUGUACUUUCUAGAAUGAAAUGUAUCGGAAAACGUAAAGAUUUAAAUAGUUGUUUCAAAACUGAAAAAGACAUACUUGAAACAUUUAAAAAUGUAAAACCAUCUGUAAAUGAAGCAUUGAAUGCAUUCAGCUAUCUCAGUGAUAAUUGCACGCGUCUUCGAGAAAUAGAAACAUGUGUUAGUAAAAGCAUCUCACCAUGCCAAGACGAAGUACCAACAAUGUUUUUGCUUUCAACAGAAGAUUUAUCAACAUAUUCACUGGAAAAUACUAUUCAAGAAAUAUUUUCAUUGGCAAGAAAUACAACUAGAUGUGAAAUUAACGAAAAAAAAAUAAGCCAAAUUGAAGCUGUGGUUUAAUUGAAUCUUUAAAUAUAAUAAAAAAUUGUAGCUAAGUUUCUAUUUCUUUGAAAAAUAAUUUCUCAUUAUUUUAUUUUUGUGAUGUUUAAAAUAAAUCAAUAAAACGAAUUUAAUUAUAUGCAAAAAUUAAUUAAAUUUUAAUAAACAUCUAGAUGAAUUGAAAAGUUAAAUGUAAAAAGUAUUUAAUUUAUUUUAUUUUUUCAUUUAUAAAACACUCAAUUAAAUUUUUAUUUGAUUUGUAAUUUUAUAAAUUUUAAAAUUAUUAUGAAAAAACUUUAAUUUACCUUUUCUAUAAAAUAUAUAUAAAUUAAAGCUGAUAAAUAUAUUGAAAAAAAUUCUUGCUUCGUAAAAUACAAGUUUAGAUUUAUUUUAUAUAAAAACUUUAUGAAUAUUUUAAAUUUUUGUUAACGAACAUCUUGAGAUUUACAUUGUCAUUUGACAUAUGAAAAUAUAAAUUUUAAAAUGAAAAAAAAAAUAGUACAAUGAAAGCAGUAGUUUAUCCUGAAUUCAUGUAUUGUAUAUAAGUGAUGAAGAGGAUAGUCAAGCAUUGUCUUUGGAAUAUUAUGUUGAACAAGGAUCUCAUUGUUCACCCCAGGCCAGACAAUAAUUAUCUUUGAACACUCAAACACUCUUGAACCGUCAGAACUCAAAUAACCAUAAAAUAAAAAUAUAAAAAAUAAAUUGUAUGUAUCAAUAAAAUUUUAAAAUCAUCUUCAAAGAAACAAAUAAAAAUUCAGACAAAUUUACAAAAGAAUACAUCAAAAUUUUUUAAAGACAAAUAGAAUAAAAUAAAAGUGUGUCAAGUGUUGAUUGUAAUGGAACAACUAAUCAAUAAAACAUGAGCUUUUUUUUUAUUUUUCAACUGUUUUUUCAUUCAUCAGUAAAUAAAGAAAUAUUAAAAUUACUAGUGCACUUGAAACAAAAGGUUGUUUUACGACAAUUUGUCAACAAAAAAAAAAAUGAAUGUAACAUUGAAAAUUAAAUAAUUUAAAAAAUAAUAUAAUUAACACGCAGUAGUGUAUAUAGAAUAUCGACAAGUUUUUUUUUUUUUAUAUUGAUAAUGUGAUAAAAAUAAAAAAAAUAAAAAUGGAGACUCAAAGCUACUCGGAGAGCCUCGUUACCACACGCUGAAUAUAAUUUAAUAAUAGAUAACGAACCCAGCAAGUCAGCUGGUUUUGAUGUAGCAAAGGAAACUGUGAUAAAGAUAAAAAAAUAAAAUACCCAGUAGAUAUGAAUUUGAAUUUAAUAAAAAAAAAAAAAAAAAUUAUUCAAGUGAAUAAUAAGGCAAAAAAAUAUACCUUAAAUUUAAAUUUAAUGCAUUAAAAUUUUUGUAACAAUCGGCAAAUUGUACAACAAUAUUUGUAAAAUGAAAAAUUAUAAAAAAUAUAUUUUUUGAUUGUAAAUUUAAAUUGAAUCAAGAUAAAAUAAAUAUUGAUUGUAAAAAAA